AUGAAAAUCGUCAUUGUUGGUGGCGGCAUUUCCGGGUGUGUGGCGUAUCUCGCCCUGCGGAAGCAUCUCCCUCGACCCCCUCCACCAGCCGAGGACCACGAAUUCACCAUCUACGAGGCAUACGACGCCAACACCAACCAUGACCGCUCCGAGCAAGACACACACUCAUCGACCCCCAUCAUCGGGGGCGGUCUAGGCAUAGCACCCAACGGACUCCACGUCCUGGAGCGCCUCGACUCCGACCUACUGCACGAGAUCGUUCAAGGAGGAUACAUGGUGGACCACAGCAACGUCAAGACCAAACACGGUCACUUACUCAUGAGACUGAGCUCAUCUACAGCCUGUCUAUCACCCAACAACCCCCUCCCCAUGCACCUCCUCGGAACCAGCCGCCAUAAUCUCUGGCAGGCACUCCAUCGCCGCAUCCCAGAGGACAUCAUAAUCAACAAACGAGUCGUCAAAGUAACCCCCAACACCACCGGCCCCAAAACCCUCACCUUCGCCGACGACAGCCCACCCGUCUCCGCCGACGUCGUCAUCGGUGCCGACGGACUCAAAAGCAUCACCAAACGAGCCCUAUUCCCAGAAGCAACCGAGGAUCCCUACUCCCCACACUACGAAAACCUCAUCAGCAUCGGCGGCUUCCUCCCCACCACCUCCCUCCCCCCCACCCCCCCGGGAUCCAUGAACCUCCUCUUCAGCGCGACCGGUUUCUUCGGCUACUUCUAUGCGAACAGCUCCCCGACCUCCCCUCACCGAUCCUCCCCCCACCACAUCUCUCCCCCAGGAGACACUCUAGCCUGGUGGACAACCUACAGCAUGCCCACCCCCACCCCCACUCCAACACCCCCAGACCUUACCUCCCCCAACCUCAACCUAACGACCCUAACCCAGCACCUCCACACCCGAUACAGCACCUGGACCGACCCCACCAUCUCCACCAUCCUCCCCACCAUAACCAUCAAAACAAUCUACCCCGUGUUCACCUCCCCGCCGCUCCCAACCUUUUCCUCCACCGGAAUCAUCCUCAUCGGCGACGCGGCACAUACCCUCCCUCCUACCUCGGGACAAGGUGCCUCUCAGGCGUUGGAGGAUGUAGAGGUUCUUUCUCUUUUUCUUAAACAUUACUUAGGUAUAUCCUACCAUGAUGAGAACGGGGGAGUAUCAGAACUGGAGGCGGUGAGUCGCGCAGGGGAGGAAUAUACUUCUUUGAGAAGGCCGAGAGUGCAGGGGAUUUUGGAGAGAGCAGAGAAGAUGCAGGGGUUAAAGAGGGAUAGCAUAGGGUGGUUGGGGGGAAGGGUGAGGGAGUGGAUGAUGUAUCUUGGGAUGUGGCUCAUGGGAUGGUUUCCGGGGUUAGUUGGGUGGGGGAUGGGGUUGAGGGGGGUGGUUGAGUAUGAUUUACCGUGGGAGGUUGAGAGGGUUUUA